AUGACACCACAAUCAAGACUACGCGGCGCCCUCGACCUGCUCAAAUCCAUACGCAGGCCUUCCCCCCUAGUCACAAUCGAGCUAGAUAAGAAUACUUAUGGCCUGGAAAACACUUAUACCACGUUUGGCCGGAUCCAAGGAAUGGUGAUCAUUACCGUGGAUUCGGAGACCCCACUCGAGAAUAUCAGCAUUACUUUUGAAGGCACUGCCAGGGUAUCCAUCGAGCGCGAGAGCUGGACCCUUGGCAACACUGAAGCUACGCAGACAUUUCUGCAGCUCAAACAACCUGUCACUCUAGGUAUAGAGAGCGUACCGAAGAUACUCCAGCCAGGGUGCUCUUACAGGCUUCCAUUUACCUUUGUCGUUCCUCAAUAUUUACCUUGCCAAUCAUGCAAUCACAAUGUCAACUGCUCGGACCUCAAACAAGCCCAUCUUCAGUUACCCCCGACGCUCGAUGACCCCAAACUUGAAAAUGGGAAGAGGCCAACCCUAGAUUAUGUUUCUUCCGGGAAGUGCCAUAUAUCAUACCGCGUGCGAGUGGUUCUUUCAAAGGACUCUAUGCCAGGAAGUAGAAGACCAAGCCGCCCUGUGGACUGCGUUAAGAGUGUGCGGGUUCUUCCUACCUCCGUGCAUACACCACGUUCGGGCCUGCCCAUGCUCGGCUCAGAUAUCUAUACGCGGACGGAACAAAAUCUCAGCCUGGGUUUUGCGCAUCCUGGGCUAGGGGAGCUAAUAACGGAAGCCUCACACAUUCCUCCAAUUUCGCUCCAAUCCCCAUUCGAUAACCAUGGUGUGCAUACGGCGGUGCGUCUCAAUUUGCGAUUCAACCCCGUAAUGGACGCAGCGCCUCCUCAGUUGAAAAAGGCAUCCGCCAAACUUCAAGUUGCCACAUUUUAUAGUCCUGUUCCAUGGGAGGAUUAUCCAUCUUGGACGGACAGGGGACUCGCUAAUGGAUGGGAUCGAGCAGCGUUUACUGACACCUUUCCCAUCAUGGCAUUCUCGAUGGGGUCAGUCCAGUGGGUGAAACAUCAAGAAAUAGGUGAUGAGCAUGGAAUCCAAGGACAGGACGGACAAUCAUUGUCGGACCAUACAGCACCAUGCAAUGAUAGUCGGAGCUACUAUACAGCGUCUAUUGUCUUACCUAUCGUCUUACCACCAAGAAUGACUCUUAUACCGACCUUCCACUCUUGUUUAAUCUCCCGCACUUACAGCGUUAAUCUUCGCCUUUCUUUCCAUACGCCCAAAACCGCUCUACAAACCGCUAGUACUACCAUUAAGGUACCUCUGAUGCUACAGUACGCAUCCAAUAAUCACCAUACCAGCUUAGACUAUGAGGAAUCAGACGCUUCGGAUUCCACUGUUAUGAAUUCUCUCCCACCACCGAAAUACACUGCUACAGUGUGA